AGACGUCCGCGGCGGAGCCUCCGGCAAGGACCCAGCCUCCCGGCCACCUGGACCGAGGGGCGCCUGCCCUGCGAGGUCAGGACGGACGGAGCUGGACUUGCCUUCGGGGACCUUGCAGUGCCUUCGGUCAGGCGUCUUGCUUGUGCUUCUAAGCAGAAAGAAACUCGACGGCCGGCUCAGUGAGUAUUCUUGAGCUAGUUCCUGAAAAUGGGCCCAAUAGGUGCAGAGGCUGAUGAGAACCAGACAGUGGAAGAAAUGAAGAUGGAGCAGUAUGAUCCAGGGCAGACCACUCCUAGAGGUGAGCUGGCCCCUGACCCUAAGCCAGAGCUUAGAGACAGCACCAAGCUGAUGGAGGUGCAGAUUGUUCUCAUCUUGGCUUAUUGCUUCAUCAUCUUGCUUGGGGUGAUUGGCAACUCCUUGGUGAUCCAUGUGGUAAUCAAAUUCAAGAGCAUGCACACAGUAACCAACUUUUUCAUCGCCAAUCUGGCUGUGGCAGACCUUCUGGUGAACACCCUGUGCUUGCCAUUCACUCUUACCUACACCUUAAUGGGGGAGUGGAAAAUGGGUCCUGUCCUCUGCCACUUGGUACCCUAUGCCCAGGGCCUGGCAGUACAAGUGUCCACGAUCACCUUGACAGUAAUUGCCCUGAACCGGCAUCGUUGCAUCGUCUAUCACCUGGAGAGCAAGAUCUCCAAGCGAAUCAGCUUCCUGAUCAUUGGCUUGGCCUGGGGCAUCAGUGCCCUGCUAGCAAGCCCCCUGGCCAUCUUCCGUGAGUACUCACUGAUUGAGAUUAUCCCUGACUUCUCGAUUGUGGCCUGUACGGAGAAGUGGCCGGGUGAGAAGAGUGUGUAUGGCACUGUCUACAGUCUUUCCUCCUUACUGAUCCUGUAUGUUUUGCCUCUAAGCAUCAUAUCUUUUUCCUACACGCGUAUCUGGAGUAAACUUAAGAACCAUGUCAGCCCUGGAGCUGCUAAUGAUCACUACCAUCAGCGACGGCAAAAGACCACCAAAAUGCUGGUGUGUGUGGUGGUGGUGUUCGCUGUCAGCUGGUUGCCUCUCCAUGCCUUUCAACUCGCUGUGGACAUUGACAACCAAAUCCUGAACUUGAGGGAGUACAAGCUCAUCUUCACCGUGCUCCACAUCAUUGCCAUGUGCUCCACUUUUGCCAACCCCCUUUUCUACGGCUGGAUGAACAGCAACUACAGAAAGGCGUUCCUCUCUGCCUUCCACUGUGAGCCCAGGUUGGACACCAUUCACUCAGAAGUGUUCGUGUCAUUCAAGGCUAAAAAGAACCUGGAAGUAAAGAGGAAAUAUGGCCCCAAUGGCUCUUUCACAGAGGCAACCAAUGUCUGAGGAAGCUGUGGUGUGAAAAUGUGUGGAUGAAUUCUGCCCAGAGCUAUAAACCUGGGUGGGGACGGCACCCAGGUACAUCCUGAUUUCCCAUUUUUAGGAAGAAAAAGAGCAUCUAAAUGGAUGCUCUUUGGUGUCAUCCACGGAAAACGCAUCGGCAGAGCCGAGGUGAAAACACACCUAUUGGAAGAUAGGACAACAAAGCAUUUCACGUACAGUUGUAUGGCUGGAAGGUGGAAUUACGGAAAUGCUCCUGACAGUUUCCCAGAGUGAAGGGAACCUGAACAAGGAACUGGCGUUUUCAGCAUCCCUAAAAGGCGGUGGCUAAAUAAAUUGACUUUCAAAUCACACUGGGGAGUAGGUUGGGGAUGAUGUAUAAUUAACUGCUCUCCCCUCCUCUGAUGAAAAGAUGACCAAACACCAAUUUCCCUAGGGAGCCACAGGCUCUCUCUCCUUUAUUGUAUUUUGUGUGUGUGUCUGUUUUAAUGAAUCUUCCUAUAGAUUAAAUCCACUAGGAAAUGCUGCAGGUAACUGUUACCACCGAAUUGUAGGACUUCAAGGAAGUAAACGGAAAUUUGCCAUAUAAUUAGUGUUUUGGAAAAUGACGGGGGAAGUUCUUAAUGCUCAGCUAGCUGAUUAUUCUUAAAACCAAAUGCACGUUUAGUGAAAAGUUGCUUCAACUCAGAAUCAAAGGUUGAAGUUCUCAGAAUUAUGAAAAUGUAAACCAUCAUUUGACUUCUCAUUUAAGUUGUCCCUGCUUUCUAUAUAUAGAUACCAUUUAGAUAACCAAUAAGCAUGCAAUGUAAUGCAUUUAGUGAUUUAAUUAAUUAAUAUUAAUUAUUAUAUCUUUUGAACAUGUAUUAUUCCUAUGUUGGAGUGAGUUUGUCUUCACUAGAAAUUAAACCAAUUAGAAAAUAAUUUUGUGGCAUUUUAAAAAAAUUUGUGAUUAUUUGUAAGCAAUAUUUGCACAGGUACAUAGCUCUAAUGUGUUCACAGAACACUGUAGUGUUUUUUUGAAAUUCCUUUUCAAUGGACUCAUUCAUGAAACAGUAUAAUUUCAUCUAAAUGGAACCCCUCUGAUAAGAAAGCUAAAGACAUUGGACUCAUUCCAUUCUGCAAAUGUUCUGUUUGGACCAAUUUCAACAUAAAUUAUGCUCUCCUCAAAGUUAUUAGCUGAGUUAUUUUAAUAACAUGAGUAUAUACCUAAUAAAAUUGUACCUAUACAACCAAAGAUGCUUAAAACCCUAUUAUGUUCAUGACAAAUAAUUGAGAUGUUAAAAUAAUUGUAGUUCUUUGAAUGCUGUUAAAGAAGUUUCACUGCAAUCAUGUUUUUGUAAAUA